AUGGCAGUGUACCUGAUCGAUCGUCUUCCCACUCUGACACUUUGUAAUCGUUCUCCAUAUGAGCUCAUAACGGUUACAGGUGUUGGCGUCCUACCAGUGGACAUGAAUACAUCAGUCGGCAUUUCAUCUUUGAUGAAUCUCGGUUUCCUGUCUUCUUCAGGUACCUCCAUCGAUCCAGUUACAAGUCCAUCAAACCUACAAGUCGCAGCUCCACCACCACUUGGCCUCUCUUCUUCAUCCGGUGAUGUCUCCUCUCCCUCAUCAGAUUGCCAACGACCACCCUCGGUGCCUUCAAAGACCCCCGCUACUCCUACUCCAUCAAUUGAGUCUACUCCCAGCGAUGUUCCAUCAUCUGUCUCUGAGCCGCCUCGUCGAACCAGACUAAUUCAAGAGCUUCUUGAUGCUACUCCUGUUGCACCUCCGCCUCCACAACGAACUCAUACCAUGGUCACCAAAUCGAUGAGCUCCACUGCAUCUCUUGCGACGGCCACUACCAGGUAUCCUAUUCUGGCAGCCCUUCUUGUUGAUAUCACACCGGAGCAGUGUGAACCAGUCACAUACUCUAGUGCGGCCAAGCAUCCACUCUGGCAGCAUGCUAUGCAACAGGAAUACUGA